AUGCUGUACGGCGUCGGCUGCGUGGCGUUCGUCGCGAACGGCGCGGUACUGCCGCGGGACGCUGGGGACUCGGACCGGCCGCUGAGCGAUGGAGCGGUGCCGUUCGUGUCGCCGCCGUCGCUUGAGCGCAGUUUCCACCUGCCCCACAGUGGCAUCACGGUUAAAGGCAUGGGCUUGCCUCAGGGGCUGACGCUCAUCGCGGGUGGUGGUUUUCAUGGAAAAUCGACGCUGCUUCGCGCGUUGGAGGUGGGGGUGUACAACCACACACCAGAUGACGGAAGAGUGUACGUGGUGGUGGAUCCAACAGCGGUGAAGAUUCGCGCGGAGGACCGUCGCUCCAUCUACGGCGUGGACAUCUCGCCCUUUAUUAACAAUUUACCAUUCAAGAAAGCCACGACGUCAUUUGUCACAUCCGACGCGAGCGGCAGCACGAGCCAAGCCUCUAACAUCAUGGAGGCGCUGGAGCUUGGGUCGCAGCUGCUGCUGCUAGAUGAGGAUACCUGCGCCACCAAUCUCAUGUACCGCGAUGCGUGGAUGCAGAUGCUCGUGCCGCGCGAACAGGAGCCCAUCACUCCCUUCAUGGAGCGUGUCACAGACCUCGUGCAGAACCACGGUGUCUCCUCGAUCAUGGUGGUGGGCGGAUCUGGGCAGUACUUCCCACACGCCUCCGUUGUGCUGGUCAUGAAUGCGUACCAGGCACAUGACUGCACAGAGCGUGCGAAAGACAUCGCGGUUGCGUCGAUCCCAGAGCCACCGAGAAAUUCACAUGGCGGCUCUGCAUUUUCGUCCUUGUCGCUCCGCCGCUUCGACGGGAAUGCGACGUUCUCCGCGGUGCGCACUCGCAGAGACCGUGAGGGGACGAAGGUUAGCGGCGUUGGCACCGAUGCUGUCCGCUUCUCGGAGGAAACUAUUGAUCUCUCCAUGGUGGAGCAGGUAGUGGAGGAAGGGCAGGUCAACGCUAUUGCACAGUGUCUUGCUUUGAUGUACGAUGAGGGAGAGAAGGGUGUUGAGGAGAUUCUCCGCAAGGGCAAGCAGCUGUCCACGUUCGUCUCUCCUGCUGGUGGCAGUACGGCACGACAGAGCGCGUUCCGCUCUGACUUCUCCGCGUUGAUUGUGGGCUGUGAGGCACGCCACCGUGAGGCGCGACUGGAGCUGCGCACGUCUUCGUGUUACCUGCCGCGUGGCUUCACCUCAGCGGCGCGGCACUUUGAGAUUGGUGCCGCUCUCAACCGCCUGCGCACACUUCGAACAAUGGCGAAGGCAACGAUGUAG